CUUUCCAAGUAUGUACGUUAGGGAGGGCAAGUCCAGACUGAACUAUGGGUGUGACAAAAAGAAAAUAGGCGUUGCUUUUGUCACUCAGGAGUAAAUGAAAAGGAGGACACGAAAGACGUGAUUUUGACGGCUACACGAAGAAUCACUCCGUUCAGCUGACUCGCUUCGGAUCCAGUUGUGUGUGUUUCUGUCUAUACGGACUCCAGCUGAAAGACGAACCGACUCCGAAUCUUUAGGAAAUUAGACCUAUACAUGGACAUGUCAUGAAAAGACGAGAAACGGAUCUAUCUUAAGGCUUUUGGCAUUCUUUCUACCAUCCUUUCUUUAUUUCUUUUAAAAACCAGCAUAAUGCUGCGUAAGUACAGUUCAGUGGGUGCUUUGUUGGAGCUGGACUUCUUGCCCUGGGGACAGGGGAAUAGAGAUGAGAGCCCAGGCACCUCUGAGGAUGAGACGGAUGGGGCCUCAGCAUCCUAUCCUUGCACCCCAGAUGCAAAGUCAGGAAGUGCUGGAAAGGGGGAGCUUAACAGAGAUCACAGCAUUAGUGUGGAAAAUCUGGUCGGCUUGGAGAAGGAAUCUGGUUUACUGAGAGUUACGAACCUAAAUGACAGCUUUAAAGCUUACAGUGACAGCCAGAUCGCUGCUAAUUCCAAAGGCAGCCUUGAGAGUAUGGGAAAAUGUGGUUCCCUGCACUCUUCGUCAUCCACACUGAAAUCUAACAAUGCGUCCAGCUCCCCAAAACCUCCUCAUUAUCACCGACAGCAAGCUCGGGCCAAACUGGCAGCUGCAAAAUUACACCUUAAAAGUUUGUUUGGACAGGGUUCACCGCAGUCCUCACAAUCAAAUUUGACAAGUGCAGAGCACAGAGACAACAUAACCAGUGCUAAAGAGCGGCGUGCUCGAAAGCCUUUCCUCAGGCAGUGGAGUCAGGUGGGCCACGCCAAAGCUCGACUAAGCAGGAAGGAGAUGGAAAGUUGGGCCAAGUCCCUUGAUGCUUUGCUGGAGAGCAGAGUGGGAGUCACAGUCUUUGAAGCGUUCCUGCGAUCCGAAUUCAGUGAGGAAAACCUGCAGUUCUACUCGGCCUGUGAGCAGUACAGACAGUCAUCCAACAAAUUCAGCCUGCAUAGGCGGGCAAAAAUGAUUUCUGAGACUUACAUCCAGCUCGGUGCUCCCAGAGAGGUGAAUCUGGACAGUAAGACAAGAGAACUGACCAUAGAGCUCCUCAAAGCCCCCUCUCACACUUCCCUCUCACAUGCCCAAAAGCGCAUCUACUGCCUCCUGGAAAUGGACUGUUACCCCCGUUUCCUCAAGUCUGAGAUCUACCUCGCACUACUGAGGGAUUCGUACUAGAACAAGUUCGGGCGGAGUGUCCAAUGAGAGCGAGGUCAUCCUAAAUCUGUACGGACAUCAUGCCUGGACAGUUAGACUGGAGACAAACAAACGUCUCUGUGAGAACUUUUGAUGAAAAAAAUAAUCUAAACUACUGAAGAACAUUUUAGUUAAAUAAAAAGGGAAACGGAUGAGCAGGGAAGAUGCAAUUGUCUUGAACUUGUAUGUGCCUAAAAGGUCACGCAAUGAGGAAUGAGGUGCUAACAUUUUACAAGUUUGAUUCGGGCUUCUCUCAGUUGCUAGACUGAAAACAUUACAGGCCGGUAAGGACGACUAAAUGGCAUGUUGACCGGCAACAAAGGGAAAACACGUCUGGCAAGAAUGGGCUGUUCAGUGUAAGGCUUGAGCACUUUGGUUUGACAUCAGGGUCAAAUUUUCUGUCUCAUUCUUACUCCUAGAAUUUACUUUCCCAUAAAUAGUUAUUUAACAUAGUUAAAUAGAUAUUUAAACAAAAUGUCAAGAUCUCACUGACAAAAUUAAAAUAGGCAGUUAUCUAAAUAAGCAAUAUGAACACAAGUACUUAGUUUAAAAUGUCUUCGUAGUCUUCACAGAUGGCCAGUUCUUUAUUGGUUUGAGUUUAAAAUGUUUGAGAUAUUUUGAACCGUGUGCAUUAGCAUAGUGCUGUAGGAUUUUUUGUCUUUUCUUUGAUUUUAUAAUUACAGAUUGUACAUUAAAGCUGUACACAUUCAUUCAUUUGAAGAAAAUGGGACUAUAGAAAUAGAAAUCAUUAGGUAUGUCACUGAGUUUGUCUAACAAAAAAAUCAAAGUAUUGUGAACUAUGUUUUGUAGAAUUCAGUGAUUGUCACACAUAGUGAAGUUGGGAAAUGUGACCUGUUGGCAGGUUUGGAACCUGUUUAAACAAACUUACAGUAAUGGAUGCCAGCACUAAUACAGAUGAUUUGAAAAGCACUGUAUACUUAUUACUGUGCAUAAACAUCUUAAAAAGAGUAAAUACACAUUCAGAAUAAAAUGUCAGCUUGAACAUUUGAGAGGGAACAUUUUUUAAAUGUAUAUUCCAGAAAAUGCACAUAUUGAAAAAUGGCCACCAUGUGUGUCAGGGUUUUCCACGUCAGAUUGAGAGGAUGUGAUGAGCUGUAUGUAUUUAUACCCACUUUUUAGUGUAUGUUGAUGAUGUCUGCUGUGACUGAGACAUUUAGAUGGUACAUGUAUCAUAACUUUAGAAAAGCUAUUAGGAGCUGCAUGCACUAAUGUCCUUGGUCAUAUGUUUCCAAGGGUUUAAUCUGUUUGUCUCGGUAUGAUAUAAAUGAUUUCCACAAGGGAUUGAGAUCAUUAUGAGAUCAGUGUACAAUAAUGAGCAUCAGUUUGACUGUAAAAGUAUUUGUUGUUUGAGAGCAGUGAUCUAAAUCAAACUAACAGAACAAUUUGAACCAUUUCAUUUAAUUUUCCAUGGAAAAAAAACUGUACUUUUCUUUGAAAAACAUUAUAAAAAAAUUGUGAUUAAAAAAAGCACAAGCUAUAAAAUGAAUCACUGAAGUUUUAUAAAUAGGACUGGUUUAAAAAAAAAAAAAGUCUUAAAAGCACAAAUCUAAUGGAGUUACAAAUAGCUGCUUACGGUAUGUUAUUUUCAUUAAAGGUCUUUUUUCACUUU